AUGGAUUUCAACUGCAGCGGCGGGGGCAACGAGCUGCACAAUAACCAGUUUUAUCAAUCGGAGGAGAACAAACCUCUGCUGGGGGAGAUGUCUGCGCCGACGCCACCGGAGGGGAAUAAUAACAACAAGUUGGGCGCCGGGCCAUGCAAAAGGACCCUGCUCCACUGCAGCAGCGGGAUGCGAUACAAACUGUUACAGGAGGGGGACAUCCAGGUGUGUGUAGUCAAACAUCCCCGGACCUUCCUCAGCAAAAUCCUCACCUCCAAAUUCUUACGGAGAUGGGAGCCGCACCACCUCACCUUGACGGACAGCAGUUUAGCGUCUGCUACGCCCACCGGUUACAUGGAGACAUCAUUGUCCUACAGCACUAUAGAGGACCUGCAACUUCUUUCAUGGGACAAUGCUCCUAAGUAUUGUGUCCAGCUCAGCUUUCCUGGUGGCACCAUCCUGCUGCAGGCUGCCAACAGCUACCUGAGGGACCAGUGGUUUCACUCCCUGCAUUGGAAGAAAAAGAUCUACAAGUACCGUAAGGUGCUGAAUAACCCAAGCCGCUGGGAUGUGGUUCUGAAGGAGAUCAGAGCGCUGGUGGACAUGGCACUAACCUCGCCGCUACAAGACGAGUCCAUCCAUCAGGCCCCUCUGCAUAUUAUCUCCACCCUGCUGGCUGAGAACACAAACCUCAACAGUCAGGAUCAUGAAAACAUCAUUGUGGCUAUUGCUCCUCUCUUGGAAAACAACCAUCCACCACCUGACCUGUGUGAGUUCUUUUGCAAGCACUGUCGGGAGAGGCCACGGUCGAUGGUUGUAAUUGAAGUGUUCACGCCUGUGGUACAGAGAAUCCUCAAACACAAUAUGGACUUUGGGAAAUGCCCUCGGCUGCGUCUCUUCACUCAGGAGUACAUCCUAGCCCUUAAUGAGCUCAAUGCUGGGAUGGAGGUUGUCAAGAAGUUCAUUCACAGUAUGCAUGGGCCAACAGGGCAAUGCCCCCACCCACGUGUCCUUCCUAACCUUGUGGCGGUGUGUCUUGCUGCCAUUUACUCGUGUUAUGAAGAGUUUAUCAACAGUCGGGACAACUCCCCCAGCCUGAAGGAGAUCAGAAAUGGCUGCCAGCAGCAGAACGACCGCAAGCCCCCCAUGCCCCUCCGCCUCCUGCGCACUGAGCCCCCAACCCCGCCUCUCACCACCUUGCUCCCCCUCUCCACCCCCCUCAAUCCUCCUCAACCAACACCCCCUCCUGCCUCGUCCAACCCUGCCCUGCCAAUCCCCAUCUCCUCUCCCCCGCCCUCCCUCCCCCUCUCGCCUCCGCCGUCUAUCGUCAACUCCAGCGAGAUCCUGGUGGAGCUGGAGCGCAACAACAACUCGGCCAACACGCGGCGGAAGGAGGGUCCAGCGGGGGGCGAUAGUGAACCCAAUCUGAUCGACUGCCUGCUGGUCAGCCCGGCGCUAAACGCUUUGUCCAUCCAGCUGCCAGCGCAAGCCGACCGCGUCCUGGGCUGCUUUGCCCUCAUCCUCAAAAUGCUGUCUGACUAUGAUGACUGGAGGCCUGCUCUUGCCAGCCUGCUGCAACCCAUCCCCUUCCCCAAAGAGGCCCUUGCACAUGCCAAAUUCACAAAGGAACUGAAAUAUGUCAUUCAGAGAUUUGCAGAAGACCCGAGACAGGAGGUCCAUUCCUGCUUACUCAGUGUGCGGUCGGGUAAAGAUGGCUGGUUCCAGCUCUAUAGUCCAGGAGGAGUUGCAUGCGAUGACGAUGGAGAACUGUUUGCCAGUAUGGUCCAUAUCCUAAUGGGCUCCUGCUAUAAGACCAAGAAGUUUCUUCUCUCUCUGGCUGAGAACAAGCUAGGUCCCUGCAUGCUGCUGGCCCUGCGUGGAAACCAAACCAUGGUGGAGAUCCUUUGCCUAAUGCUGGAGUACAACAUCAUAGAAAACAAGGACACCCAGCUGCAGAUCAUUUCAACCCUGGAGAGCACCCAGGUGGGCCUGCGCAUGUACGAACAGCUCUGCGACCGACAGAGAGAGCUCAAAGAGCUGCAAAGAAAAGGAGGCCCCACCCGCCUGACUCUUCCCUCAAAGUCCACGGAUGCUGACCUUGCCCGCCUGUUGAGUUCUGGUUCAUUUGGAAACUUGGAGAACCUAAGCUUGGCCUUCACCAAUGUCACCAGUGCCUGUGCAGAGCAGCUGAUCAAGCUCCCCUCGCUCAAACAGCUAAAUCUAUGGUCCACACAGUUUGGAGAUGCAGGGUUGCGGUUGCUUUCUGAGCACCUUGCCUGUCUACAGGUGUUGAACUUGUGUGAAACACCCGUUACCGAUGCUGGCUUGCUGGCCCUCAGCUCCAUGAAAAGUCUGUGCAGUCUGAACAUGAACAGCACCAAGCUUACAGCCGACACAUAUGAGGACCUCAAGGCCAAACUGCCCAAUCUGAAAGAUGUUGAUAUUCGCUACACAGAGGCCUGGUGAUUAACCAUACUUUACACACAUCCAUAAGCACACAUGCACACAUUCAUACAUGCUUACACAACCUCAGAUACACACAUGAAUCUGUGCAUUGGUGUUGUCAAGGUCAUCGUCAUCAUCAGUCCUAAUCAUUAUCGUCAUCAUUAUCAUGCCAGGAACUCUUAAGACGCCAUCCUAACAUGAGUAUUACCUCAUACCAUCGGACGUCAUCCUGUCUGGCAUUGUUGCAUCAGACAAGAAGCCGUCUUGUUCUUCUUCUUCUUCUGAGGUCACCACAACAGCAACUGCAUCUCCCCAAUGAAGGAACUCUAGUCGUCCUAGCAUCGCGAAGACAGUCAUUUUUUUCUAAUUGAGAAAUCUCAAAGGACGUUAUCACUUCUUGUACUACUGUCAUUGAUAUUCCAAGGACCUUGUUUUUAAGUGACCUCAUCAGAGGACAUGUAAGGACCCCAAUAUCUUGUGACCCAUGGGACCCUCUCUUUUAUUUCAUUAACCUUCAUCUCCUCUUAUAUGGUUCGUUAACGGUCGUAUGUGGUCGCUUAGUUUUCAUAUGCACUCUGAAUCCAGCUUUCAGAACAUCGUCUCUCCUCCGUGUGUUGUCUGUCCUAUGUACACUGAGGAAAACCUCCAACUGGUCUCCUGCCCCGAGCCCCCUCCCCCUCCCCCAUUAACCUGUUGUGAACUCUGAUACCCUCAUGUAAUGAAGGCUGGAUAAAGCAGGUCACAUUCCAAUACAUUUUUUGAUAUUGCCUCCUACUGGAUCCAGAUGUAGCUCCCUCCAAGACGUGUCCAACAGUCACUAUUUUGCUUGCUGGUAUUUGGCUUUCGGCUCCUAUUUUCAGGUUCAGAUUCUGGCCUUUUCAAGUCCUCUAUUAGGAAUGAGGUGCUACCUCAGACAAACAGAAAAGUUGACAUAUGACUGUGACCAAUCCUCGCAUAUACGACACGGUCACACUCAAAAGCAGAAUUUUUAUCAACUUGAAUGAACAUAUUUUUCCAGACAUCUGUGCUUUCAUAUACUGUGCAUUUAUAUCUAAAACAUAUAAAUAUAUGCAUAUAUUCCCCGAUAUUUCAAAAGAAGCAGACAUUUCAUGAGCUCUGCUCUGUAGAAGAAGAAAAAAAAACAGUUAAGUGGCAACAUUUUUUUUUAACCUGUUGUGUACAUAAUGAUGGACGGCCAUACUAUUUAAUAGGAUGGUUGUCCAGCUGUAGCCUGGUGGUCUGGGACUGCCAUUAAUUUAUAAGUUCUUUCUUUUAAACCUCCUCCACUAUGUCUCGCCUCCAUUUUGUCAUAGCAGUAAUGAAUUGUACAGGACCCGAUCUCUUUUUGUUGAAAGUAAAUUAGACGGCCCAGAUCUCUUCUCUCACAUGGAUCCCUCCAUGCCAUGCUGCGGUGAUGGAGCUGCACAGCUGACUACAGUAACUGUAAGGUGGACCUGCAAACUAAACACAUCACCAGCUGAAUGUUUGUAUAUUAUCUGAUUCUCUUCUUCUGUGUGUUUGGCUCCUUUGUACAGUCUGUUCAGGUAAUUGUUGGCUCUUGAAAGGACAUUUUGCCAAACGUUCAUUCAAUCCAGUUUGUUUUGUGAGCUUCCUUGGGCCAUUAUUAGUUUGUUUUUGUUUUUUUUUUCUGUCUGGCAUUU